GUGCAGAACAUCGACCAGAUCUACUCCGGCGGCGGCAAGGUGGGCUACCUCGUCUACGCGGGCGGCAGGAGGUUCCUGCUGGACCUGGAGCGGGAUGGUGCGGUGGGCGCCUCUGGCUUUGCGCCCGCAGGAGGAGGGCCGAGCGCGCCCGCGCGCCACCGGGGCCACUGCUUCUACCGGGGCACCGUGGACGGCAGCCCCCGAUCCCUGGCUGUGUUCGACCUCUGCGGGGGUCUGGACGGCUACUUCGCCGUCAGGCACGCGCGUUACACCCUGAAGCCGCUGCUGCGCGCGCCCUGGGCGGAGGCGGAGGCCGGGCGCGUGUACGGAGACGGGUCGGCGCGGAUCCUGCACGCCUACACCCGCGAGGGCUUCAGCUUCGAGGCCCUGCCGCCGCGCGCGAGCUGCGAGACCCCCGCGUCCCCGCCGGGGACCCGCGAGCGCCCCUCGCGGCACAGCGGCCCCGACCGACGCUGGACGCCGGCUCCGCGCAUCCUGGACCCGUCGCCUCCCUCCUCCGACGGGGACCAGGGACCACAGACCUGGUGGCGGCGGCGGCGCCGCUCCAUCUCGCGGGCCCGCCAGGUGGAGCUGCUGCUGGUGGCCGACGCGUCCAUGGCGCGGAUGUACGGCCGGGGCCUGCAGCACUACUUGCUGACCCUGGCCUCCAUCGCCAACCGGCUGUACAGCCACGCCAGCAUCGAGAACCACAUCCGCCUGGCCGUGGUGAAGGUGGUGGUGCUGGGCGACAAGGACAAGAGCCUGGAGGUGAGCAAGAACGCGGCCACCACGCUCAAGAACUUCUGCAAGUGGCAGCACCAGCACAACCAGCUGGGGGAUGACCACGAGGAGCACUACGAUGCGGCCAUCCUGUUUACGCGCGAGGAUUUGUGUGGGCAUCAUUCAUGCGACACCCUGGGAAUGGCAGACGUUGGGACCAUAUGUUCCCCGGAGCGCAGCUGCGCUGUGAUUGAAGACGAUGGCCUCCACGCAGCCUUCACUGUGGCUCACGAAAUUGGACAUCUGCUUGGCCUGUCCCAUGACGAUUCCAAAUUCUGUGAAGAGAACUUUGGCUCCACGGAAGACAAGCGCUUAAUGUCCUCCAUCCUGACCAGCAUCGACGCCUCCAAGCCCUGGUCCAAAUGCGCCUCGGCCACCAUCACAGAAUUCCUGGACGAUGGCCACGGUAACUGUUUGCUAGACCUGCCUCGCAAGCAGAUCCUGGGCCCCGAGGAGCUCCCCGGACAGACCUACGAUGCCACCCAGCAGUGCAACCUGACCUUCGGGCCCGAGUACUCCGUGUGCCCGGGCAUGGACGUGUGCGCGCGCCUCUGGUGCGCCGUGGUGCGCCAGGGCCAGAUGGUGUGCCUCACCAAGAAGCUGCCCGCCGUGGAAGGCACGCCCUGCGGCAAGGGCAGGGUCUGCCUGCAGGGCAAGUGCGUGGACAAAACCAAGAAAAAGUACUAUUCCACAUCAAGCCACGGCAACUGGGGGUCCUGGGGGUCCUGGGGCCAGUGUUCUCGCUCAUGUGGGGGAGGAGUACAGUUUGCCCACCGCCACUGCAACAACCCAGCACCCAGGAACAGCGGCCGCUACUGCACCGGGAAGAGGGCCAUCUACCGCUCCUGCAGCGUGACGCCCUGCCCUGCCCAGGGUAAAUCUUUUCGUCAUGAGCAGUGUGAGGCCAAAAAUGGAUAUCAGUCUGAUGCAAAAGGAGUCAAAACAUUUGUGGAAUGGGUUCCCAAAUAUGCCGGCGUCCUGCCAGGAGACGUGUGCAAGCUGACCUGCAGAGCGAAGGGCACCGGCUACUAUGUGGUGUUUUCUCCAAAGGUGACCGAUGGAACUGAAUGUAGGCCCUACAGCAAUUCCGUCUGCGUCCGGGGGAAGUGUGUGCGGACGGGCUGUGACGGCAUCAUCGGCUCAAAGCUGCAGUAUGACAAGUGUGGAGUGUGUGGAGGAGACAACUCCAGUUGCACAAAGAUUAUUGGAACCUUCAAUAAAAAAAGUAAGGGUUAUACUGACGUUGUGAGGAUCCCCGAAGGGGCAACCCACAUAAAAGUCCGACAGUUCAAAGCCAAAGACCAGACUAGAUUCACUGCCUACCUAGCCUUGAAGAAGAAAACCGGUGAGUACCUUAUCAAUGGCAAGUACAUGAUCUCCACUUCGGAAACCAUCGUUGACAUCAACGGCACGGUCAUGAACUACAGCGGCUGGAGCCACAGGGAUGACUUCUUGCAUGGGAUGGGCUACGCCGCCACCAAGGAGAUUCUAAUAGUGCAGAUUCUUGCAACAGACCCAACGAAAGCGUUAGAUGUCCGCUACAGCUUUUUUGUUCCCAAGAAGUCCACUCAAAAAGUAAACUCUGUGACAAGCCAUGGCAGCAAUAAAGUGGGAUCGCACCCUCCCCAGCUGCAGUGGGUGACGGGCCCGUGGCUUGCCUGCUCCAGGUCCUGUGACACGGGCUGGCACACCCGGACCGUGCAGUGCCAGGAUGGGAACCGGAAGCUAGCCAAGGGAUGUCUUCUCUCCCAGAGACCUUCAGCAUUUAAGCAGUGUCUGCUGAAGAAAUGCUAGCCUGCGACUCUGCUCUGACGCAGGGACGACCGGGUGGCUCACCAGCUAUCAGUCGUGGUGAGCAAGAGGCCCACCUGCAGCACAGAAAGUCACGCUUCAGUGUCACUGUCAACAGGAGUCCGAUUAUGGGCAGAAUCUGCUCUCCGAGACCAAAUGAAGAUGUGCACUAUUUCAUGUGACAGUGGUGACCCUGGAAUAUAGAAAAACUCAGGAGCUGGCGAACAUCCCCCAGGCGUGCAGGAAUGAAACAACACUGAUGGAUGUAGCAUCAGGCGACAUUUGAAGACGGCAGAAGGAGAGUCCCCUUUGUCACCUACCUCUAACAGAAUGUCUUCAAAGGCACUGUAACCAUUUUCACCCACAACCCACAGUAGCUUCUUUUUACUGUUUGUAAAUACAUCCUGCCUUGGUAUGUCACUUUAUAUCACUCGGUUCUAUUAAAAAAUAUAUAUAUAUGUAUGUACAUAUACAUAUAUAUUUCUAUAAAAAAAAAGUGUUUGACCAAAGUAGGUCUGCAGCUAUUUCAAUUCUUCCAGUUUCUGGAAAGAGCUGUGGAUGUUUUACUGGAAAUUUAAGACCUUGCUGCUGUUUUCAUGAGAUUUAGUUAUACUUUCAGACAACAGGAGAUCAAAUUUUAGUCAAAAAACCAUUUGAGAGCAAGCAUCUUCUGAGAAAUUCUGAAAAGGAAAAGGGUCUUAGUGUAUCUAGUCAUUUAAAUACAUACAUGAGUCCAUCUACUUAGACAUUUGACGGCCUGUGUUUUUCUCAGGCAGCCAGCCAAAUUCAUGCGUAAUUAGGUUGUGAAAGUAGUGUUGAUGUGUGUGUGUUAUCGGUAUUGAAGAGUCUAAAAGUUUGUUUCCUCAUGCUAGAAUUUAAAAGGGAAAAAACACAUACUUCACCAUAUUUUCCAUUUAAAUUUUCACAAUCGCUUUCCCUUUCUAUGGCUCUCAUCUGAUAUGAUAUCUCACAAUGUGUAAUAUAUACAAAAUACACACAGCAAAGAGUUUCCUGAUCACAGUCAGCACUCUCAGUGCCGGUAUACCUUUACCAGCAAGACUUUAAAAUGUGUUCGUUUUCGCUUGUUUGUUUGGUUCCAGAGUUCUGUGAGACCUACAAGGUUUCUACUUCUUGUUGACUUAGUUUAAUAGGAAUAUUAAAGAUCACUUGGCAAUUAGCCGCAUCUAGAAGUGACUAUCGGUAAUGUGGCUAGUGCAAAAAAUAAGUGGUUAUUAAUAAGACUGUUUCCACACUUUAUAGGCAAUAAUUCUUUGAAUUUUUAAAAAUCCAAGUCUACUGAUAUUGCACUUGAGAUUUUUCCCAAUUGGAAGGCAUUUGGUUGUACCAGUAAGUGUCUGAAUGAUGAAAUAGGAUGAUUUUUGAGAAGUUUGUUGCUUUUAUUUCCACAGCCUGCCUGGGUAGGUUGUAAGUUUGAAUAGUUAGACAUGGAAAAAUUUUGCAAUCAUUUGCCUAAAAAUCUCUUUUUAGACAGUAAACUGUAUCUCUCCACCCCAUAGCUCAGAAAAUAUAAGGUGUUUCGUUUCAUUGGGAUUUCUUUUUCUUUGUGAAAUAUCACAAAGCCAGUUGUUUUUAUAAAAUUGUAUAAUAAUCAUACCAAAUGUGCCUAUUGUGAAGAUUUUCAUAUCAGGAUGUUAGGGGACCAUUGUUUUGAGUUCCCUUAAGCUCAUGAGAGUUUAUUUUUAUUAUAAGAUAUUUUUAAUAUAAAAGGAUUAUGUAAUUCAUCUUGCUAAAUCACGUUUAUUUCAGUGGGCCAGGAGAAUGGAUGUCUCACUGUUCAAAGUAUUUUCUUAGGAAAUUAUUUGGUAAAACAAAUAAUUAUUUUACAGUACUGAUUAACCAUAUUUGGAUUUUUAUAAACUGACUUUGCUUUAGAUGUGGUCGUUUUUUCUUAAUAAAUUAUCAGUUAGCGAAAUGAGGCCUAUACGAGACUGGUAAGGUACACUUGAUGGAGGUCAACCAGAUAAUUGGGGCCAGGGAACAAAGCUGUUCAAAUUAGUCAGGACAGGAAUUAAAAUCACACCCACCAUUUGACUACACAGAGAGAAUUACUAGAGGCCAACAUUAUUUUUUUCCAAUUUCCGAAAUAAUUUUAAUCAAGUAAUUCAAUUAUGACAGUUUUAUUUUAUCUUUUGUGGGUAUAUCGAUGGCAACAUUAAAAGAUCAUUGAAGAGCAAACAUGAUUGUCUCCUACUCUGCUUUUCUAUACUGGACUCAUAGAUUUUUAAUAUGAUUUAUCAGUGAUUCAUUUUCCUCCAAAUAAUGAAGUCUGACACUUUUCAUUGGAACAAUCCUAGGGAGCUUAGAAUGGAUAAACCACUAUUCCAUGCUUUUAAAGAAUUUUCUCUAGUAUUUGGGGGGUUUUUGUUUUGUGGGUUUUUUGUUUUUUGUUGUUUUUGUUUUUUGGGGUUUUUUCUGUAUGGGCAUCAAUAGAUUGACUAAGGAAUGUAUGUAUAAACUCCUGAGAAAAAUGAUACAGACCGGAAACUGAAAUUCAGAGAAACUGAGUGUUCGAUAGAUAGGAAGAAUGAGAAACAAAGGGAAAAUCCUCUGUAACACAAUCUGAUUCAGUCCAGCUUGAUUUUGGACUACGCCUUUCACCUUCCCGCAGUUGCAUCUUGAAUAAAGAAUCUAAGAUUCAUGAUGCUAGGGGAUGGAUACUUCCUAUAAAAAAAAAUAAUAAUAAUAAAUAAAGAGUUUAUCUGAAAAUGCUCAGGUUAGUAAGAAUCUAACCUCACUCACAAAACUAAACGCUCCAGGUUAAGUUUUAUUAAAUACAAAGGGAGCCCAGGAAAAAAUAUCAUUUAUUUCUUCUAGAACAGAAAAGGCCAAAUUAAGCCCUGCCUUGUUGUUUAGGGAUUUAAGGGCAUUAAUUUAAUUUCUUCAACAAAUUCAAUUUCCUUUGCCUUCCUGUGGAAACAGUUUUAUCCCAUUAAACUGAGAAUGAAGGGAUUAAUCACAAACAAAAAAAGUUGCAGCACUGAAAAAAAAGUAAUUUAUUGUUUAUGCAACUGGUAUGUGAAUUUGUGUGAUGAAAUUAUUUAUUCUUAUUUAACAAAAAUAUGUGCAAAUUCUAUAUUUAAAAUGUUUUGCUGUUGUCCUACUUUUUAAUUUAUGCUUCAUGUUUGUGUAUAAAGUACACUUUGUGAGUUUACAUAAUAUACAGCACUGUUUGCUUUUGUAUUUUUUUACAGAAAGCUUUCUGUGUGAAACAGGUGUACAUGUAUAUAUUCCUCGUGUAUCUUUAUUCUGAUGCUAUCGUUUUCCUUUCUAAGGAAUUUUUAAUUUAAUCUUUCAUCAUGACCAGUCAUGUUCAUUAGUUGUAGUUAUAUUAACAGGCCUUUUGGGUUCCAUUAAUACUAAUUUUUCCAAGUCACAAAUAAGAAAAACACUUAUUCAAGGAACUACAGUCCAAGUUUUAAACUUGGAUACAGAGAAAGCCUGGAAGCUUCCCACUGAAGCUGACACCGUUAAGAAUCAGGUCUCUUCAUUUCACCGAUAUACUUGGACAAAGAGCUGUUGAUGGGUUGUAUGAAAGUUGUAUACACAUAAAUUCCAGGUGACAUCAAUGAUAAUAAAACCAAAUAUUGUCUUUUGCUGCUUAACAAACACUACUCAAACAUUAAUAAUUCAUAUCACUUAGUCUCUAGUGUCUGUAGGAUUCUGUAGAUGAGAGUAAAGGAAAUGGAUUUAAAUGAUUCCAAUGUUAGUAGUCAUGACUGUUUCUACAAAUACGGGGUCUCCGUUGAUAAAGGGUGACUUUUUACUACUGCCAAUGUCUUUCAUGGAGUUAUAAUAGGACUUGGGACAGGCAGGGACAAAUCACAUCAGCUUGCCCCUGACUCUGAUUUCACAGUCUGGUCACAGCAAUAAGGCAAAGCCCCCCUUGGACACACAAUUGACCAGACCAACCUCUGGCUCUAAUGCUUCUCCCAGGGACUCCUUCCUUAUCAUCAAGGUCACUGUCAUGGUUUAGGUCAGGAUAGCAGCCAGAUUCAAAGAAACUCAGGACGAGUGCUAUGACUUAGAGGUCAUUGUGAAAUAGGACUGACUGUAAUAAUGUCCGAAUUUUGCUGACGGUUUAUGGCCAAGUGUGAAACCUCAUUGGCACGAUUGGUGAACAUUCCCACUCUAUUUAUAAUUAAACUUGAGACCAUAAAAAUACCUUAUUAUUUUUAACAUUUCAAAGCUACAAAAUAAAUGAAUAACCCUGAGUAGAGAAACGUCCAUCCAAAGCUAUAACAGAGCCAAGUGCAAUGCCAAGGUGAUCUGUCAUUUAGACACACGGAAAAGGAACUUGGAUAUUUUCUCUAUUAUUUUUCUCAUUCAUCAAGAGCCUGUAGUUUUAGAUUGUCUAAGAGGCAGAUCAACUUAACUCGCUAGUCCACUGGAAAAAAGCAAUCUUCCUAAUAGCUUCCCGCUACCGGGAAUUGCAGAAAUGACUUCUCAAAUUAUAUCACCAUGAAACACAUCAAUCUAUGAAGCAUAACUGUGUUCUGGUCAAUUAAUAUAUGGGAACAUGUUGCAAUAAAACCCAUGUAUUAGUGAAACAAAAAAUGGAAAUGGACGUGAUGUUCAGACUAGAAAAGCAUUUAAUGUGGCCGAUGUUUUUUCUGGUGCCAUGAGACCGUAACUCUCAAUGCAGAUUUUGUGGAGACAAUAAAGAAAUAUGUUGUUAGAAGAUGCUGGUUUGAAAGAGAAUAGGACUGAAAUGUAUGUGUUAGCUAACCCAGUUAACUGCACCCUCCUGAUAUACUAGCACUUUAGCAGUAAGUCUGCUGUCUGUGGCCCUUGUCCCGUAGCUCCAGCUGGCCCACGUGGACGCCAUAGGUCAAUGAAGAAACGGAUAAUGCCCCAUCAUCCUAGAAGGCACUGUCACCUCAGAGUGACCCAAGUCUAACACUGUGAGAAAAGCUGUGAUUUAUAAAUAAAACAGGGCAUUCUUAGUUUUUUUCAUUUUCCUCUGGUACAUGCAAUGAACAAUUAUAAUUUUUUAUCAAGGUGCUAACAUCUUCAGUGAUCAACUGUCCAAUGUGGUAUUUCUGAGUUACUAUUUUAUUCUACGUGAUUUUUCUGUUUUCAAGAACUUAAGUUUUUUUGGUUUUUUGUUGGUUGUUUUUUUGUGUGUGUGUCAAGGCUGGGCACAACUUGAUACUCAAAAGUUAGGAAAACUGCAUCGAGUGGUCAUUCCGAUCAGCGGUGUCCAGUGAUACAAGCUGUAUGUACAUCGGAGAUGUUUCAGGUGACAUCAAAACUUGAAGAGUCAGGCUGGAGAGGGGACUUUUAGAUGAGUCACAUUUCUUCACUGACUAAGACAAUCAGCCUUCUUUUUAAACAAUUGUGCUUGGUUCUUAUACACAGACUUCUAUGUAUCCUUACUUGGCCUGACUUCGUUCAAGCUUCGCAGUAUUUUACGUCCACAGUAAACACUUGGCUACUAUAUCUCAAUCUUUGCUUUAAUAAUUCACAGCAUAUUAGCAACACUUCACCCCAUACUGAGAGCAUAUUGAGACUAGAUCAUGCUGUGUGUCCUUUGUGAGGCUAGACUUUUGAUUAAGAAAUAAAUACAUCGUCCUCUGGAUGGUGUUUUUGCAUUUUGCUCUCAGGCAUGACGUAAAUGUAGGAGUUGACAAAUACUGCUUACAUUUGAGUAUUCUAUAUUUGUCAGAGAAAAUCAUGCACAUGCUUUGUAAAUAGACCGCAGACAACUAAGCAGAUUGCAGAAAUAUGUUCAAUCAGAUGUGAGCAGUGGCGUGAAUAUUUGAUUUCUGUAUUUGAGUCUCUGAGUAAAUUCAGGUGAUAAAUCUAAGUAGGUAGAACUGAGUUUUUUUAAAUCUUGAAAGGUGCUUACAAGGUAGAGUAAGACUUUGAAGAUUUACAUGUUGUAUAUAAGCUGCUUAUUACCCCUGGUUUUUCAGAAGUGAUGGUAUUUUUCAGUAAAUACAAUGCAGUUGAAAAACCAAACAUCUUGGGAAACUGUGGUGGGUCUCACUGAAAAUGUCUCUCCAGCUUUGGCAAAUUUCAAGCCUGAAUAGACUAUCGAAAGCAUCACUGUGUCUUCUAGCCUGCAUUCCACAACAGCUCUGUUAUUCAGGUAAAGCCCUUGAACUGAGUCAACAGGGACCUGUACUGUAAUAACUCAUUGAGGAACAAUAUCCUAUUUUGUAAAGCAUUUUCCUAUGUAUGACUUUAAACUGUAAAAUUAAACAUUGGCUUUGUGGUUUCAGUGAGCAUAAUAAAUGUAAACUGUAAACUAGGUUAAA